AUGGCUAUGAAUCGUAUUCCCGGUCAGAAUAUUUAUAUUGGAGGUAUUUUCUCCCUUAAAAACAAGGCAGCAUUGGAAAGAGCAAACAUUACCCACGUACUUUCGGUAUUACGCCUGCAACCACAAGAAGAGACCUUUGCAGGCUUCCAACAUCAUCGCAUCGAUGUGGACGAUGUCGAGGAUGAGAACCUCCUAGAACAUUUCCCGUCCGCCAUUAAGUUCAUCCAGUCUGGAUUGGAUGCUGGUGGGGGCGUCCUGGUCCAUUGUGCGAUGGGAAAAUCCCGCUCAGCCACCAUAUGUAUCGCUUAUCUGCUCCACCAACAGCCAAGCUCACUGACGCCGCAGUCCGCUCUUGCUAUUAUUAAGGAAAGUCGGCCACUUUGCGAACCAAAUGAUGGGUUCAUGAAACAGCUGUCGAUCUACCACGAAAUGGGCUGUCCAGACGAUUUGACCAGCCAUCCGCUGUAUAGCCGUUGGCUUUACCGCCGCGAAGUUGAGGAAAGUGUCGCAUGUGGGCGCGCGCCGGAGAUGAAUUCCGUGUUAUUUGAAGACGAACAACCUCACAAACCCCAAGACAAUACGGAUCAACCAACGGAAAUUAAAUGUCGGAAAUGCAGGCGAAACUUGGCGACCACGCCAUUCAUCAUACCACAUGGCCCGCAAAACGGUGCAAAGGGACCAACCGAUUGCGCCCACAUUUUCUUACAUCCCUUGACGUGGAUGCGCCCGUGCCUUUUCCCUAACGGUGAUGAAGAUGGAGCACCGUCUGGGGAUGCGCCCCUGUCUGGUCGCUUGACCUGCCCGAACACUUCGUGUGGUUCCAAUAUCGGGAAGUUUGCAUGGCAGGGUAUGCAAUGUAGCUGCGGCGACUGGGUAGUUCCUGCAAUCGGCCUUGCGAAGGCUCGAAUCGAUAUGUCCCAACGUGUCAAUGUGGGAAGGUUACCUCCAGCUGCCCUAGGCAUCCGACUGCCGCCUAGUAUGAGGCGUAGCCCUGCGGAGGAUUCCACAAAUGGACGGGGCAAUCUCUAA